CGACACUUGGGGUUCUUCAACUGCCGUGUAAGCAGAUCGAGUCAUAGAGAGCUGCAAUUCAUUACUCCGAAAUCGUUCCCACGCUCUCCGCGAAAGCGUGUAUUAGAACGCCUGCCCACGGGCGAGGGUCCUCAUCCGAACAUUCUCCUCAGCUUUCAUUCUCCAACUGCUUGCGUAUUUUCUCCUUUCGUGUAAUUGCGGGCCACAAUUCCUCUUCCGCACGUUCUGUUCUCGAAUUAUCCUCUAUUCAUUUCGUGCACGUUGCUCCUAAACCGCCGCGUUUUUCCAUUGCGUGGAGACAGCCUGCGCAGAGGAAACUGCUCAGGGUUACCCGUAAAAUUCCCUCCGCUAACCAACCGAUCAACCCGAUCUCGGAAACGUCAUCCUGGCGGGGUCAUUCAGAACAGCGAUAUUGCGAAGUGGUGCUAGUGGCUGGACGAGGGGUGCCAUGUCGGGCAGAGCCGUUCCACGCUUGAAGCUUCUCUCACAGCAUCUUGAACCGCUCUCAGACCUGAACACUCCUUUCGCCACCGAGAGAGCGUCACUGAUCUCGACUGAUAUACACCCACUCCCGCCGAGCACUAGAUACUUUGCAAGCACUAGACACCUCAAGCAGGAGAAAGAAGUUCCAGCGAAGAUGUCGACUCAAGAGCCGCAUCCUACGCUGCUCAUCCCGGGGCCGAUUGAGUUUGAAGAUGAGGUUCUCAAGUCCAUGUCGCAUUUCAGCGAAUCCCACGUUGGCCAACCUUUCGUGAACUGCUUUGGAGAAACUCUGACCCAACUACGGACUCUCUUCCAGACGACCAAUCCGGCCUCGCAACCGUUCAUCAUCUCUGGUUCCGGAACCCUGGGUUGGGAUCAAGUCGCUGCGAAUCUUAUUGAAGCCGGUGAGGAUGCAUUGGUCCUGCACACGGGCUACUUUGCCGACUCGUUCGCGGACUGCCUCGAGACGUACGGGGCAAAGGCUACACAGCUCAAAGCCCCCAUCGGUGAGCGUCCCAGCCUCGAAGAAGUGGAGAAAGCGCUGGGAGAGAAGAAGUACAAGCUCCUUACUGUGACGCAUGUGGAUACUUCGACAGGAGUACUGAGUGACAUCAAGGGAAUAAGUGAGGUGGUGCACAGAGUCAGCCCGGACACUCUUGUCAUUGUUGAUGGCGUGUGCAGCGUGGGCUCGGAGGAGAUUCGCUUUGACGACUGGAAGCUGGAUGUGGUGCUCACAGCCAGCCAGAAAGGCAUUGGCUGCCCUGCCGGUUUGAGCAUCUUGAUGGCUUCCGGACGCGCGAUCGAGACGUUCAAGGCAAGAAAGUCGCGGCCGGCUUCGUACUUUGCAAGCUGGAAGAAUUGGCUCCCAAUCAUGCAGAACUACGAAGCGAAGAAGCCGUCGUACUUUGCGACGCCGUCUCCGCAGCUCGUCCGCGCUCUCAACACCUCGCUCUCGCAAAUACUCUCAAAGCCAAUCGAAGAUUACUACGCCGCGCACAAGGCCGCUUCUCAAAAAGUCAAGGCAGCCGUGACUGCUCUUGGCUUAAAGCAGCUCGCCUCAAAACCUGAGAAUCAAGCUAACGGCAUGACUGCCAUUUACCUGCCAGAAGGCAUGACCCCGCCGACGAUUCUGCCCACCCUUAUGAAGAGAGGCGUCAUUUUCGCCGGUGGCCUGCACAAGGAGAUCGCGACAAAAUACAUCCGGUUCGGUCACAUGGGUGUGAGUGUGACUAAUGGUAGUCGGGGCGACAUCGAAAAGGCAAUCGAGGCCUUGAAAGAUGGAUUGGUGGAGGUUGGGUACAAAGUCCCUGCAUAGGAAAGGUGUAUCGAAUCUCUUGUUGCAUGUGAGGAACCAAAAACAAGAAAAUAUCCCAGUGGAAUACAGAGUAGAUGACUAGACGCAUCAAAAAUGGUACAAAUGAAGCAACUGUCAGAGAAUAAACAACUUCAACACUCACGUCGCGUUCUAGGACUAUUUAUUGCCAUCACAUUGUACAGCAUGUUCUGUUCCCAUCCGCAUAAAUCCUGACAAUCUUUGAUAUCAUUGCGUUCUUGCUUAGUCUAAGUAUAGAGCAACCAAAAUCCAAUUCUUAUCCGAUACAACAUGAGCGUCUCAUGGACACUUA